CCAUUACUAGUACUAAAUCAGAUUUAUUGAAAUACAAACGGAAUAAAAGAUUUAUUCAACAAUAUAAAACAAUGUCACAGUCAAUGUUUAUGGGUGAUUUAAAAAAGUUGAAUGUACGCCUGCUUGAAGAAGAGUCAAUCGGUAGAGAAGUAGCCAAUUUACAAUUCUUAAUCAAUCAUUCAAUGCCUACUACCUCAGGUAGCAAUAAUAAUAAUAAUAACAAUAAUCCAAAUCAACCAACUGAUACCAGUAAUACUAAUAUUGGUGAUGAUAACGAUAAAUUGAAAAAGUCGAACAAUUAUUACUAUCAAAUAUUUAAUAGUGAACCACAAUCGAAAUACUUUCAUUUAGAUGCACAAACUGGUGUGCUGCGAGUGGCUAGACGAAUAGACAGGGAUCAGUUAUGUCCAACAUUUAAAUCUUGUUGUGCAUAUUCUAGUUAUUCAGAUUAUCGUACAGAUUAUAUGCAUAAACAAUCACAAAUGAAUUUAGCUCAUAAUUCUGUAGAUAAUGAAAAAGUAUCCACUUGUCAGUUGGAUUUAAAUAUACGCUCAGAUGAUCAAUAUACAAAUAUUAUUACAGUUAAUGUACAAAUUAUUGAUAUAAAUGAUAAUGCACCAACAUGGUUAUUAGGAAGUAAAUCAGGAUUUUUAAAUUUUGCAGAAGAUUCUCAGAAACAGGAUGUAAUGCAUGUUUACGUAUCUGAAAGCAGCCUUAUUGGUGAUACAAUACAACUGACACCUGCAGUGGAUCAAGAUGCUGGGGCAAAUAACAUAAUCAAAUAUUUGAUUGAACCUCAAGUUCCUGAAUUUGAAUUAGAAUGGACAUCAUUAGAUAGAGAUACAUCUAUUACAAAUCUUCAAGUGUCUGAUGAUUUACAAUCGAAUGUAAUAUCUUCAUUUUCUGAAACUUUGAAUAGAUCCCCACCAGGGCCAAGGCAUGAACUCCGAUUAAUUGUUCGAAGUCCAUUGGAUAGAGAAACUGAAUCAUUAUAUGAAUUCAAUUUAACAGCUGUUGAUGGAGGAUCUCCGAGUAGAAAUGCAACAAUUUUAUUGCAAGUUCAUGUGACAGAUUUUAAUGAUAAUUCUCCAAUCUUUGAAAAAGAUACAUACAUUGUGGAUUUACGUGAAAAUGCCAGACCACAUACACCCGUCGUACAGGUUAAAGCGACUGAUAUUGAUGAAGGAAGUAAUGCUCAAAUUAAAUAUCGAAUAAGUUCGCUAACUAAACCGGAAUUUAUACGAUUAUUUGCUUUGGAUCCAAUUACUGGUUGGAUACAUGUUCAAUGGGAAGUAGACUAUGAAAUCCACAAGAAGAUAAUACUGACUGUUGAAGCCAGUGAUGGAGGAACUUUACCUAGAAGUACCACGUGUAUUGUUGAAAUUACUGUGUUGGAUGAAAAUGAUCAUUCACCUGAAUUACACUUUGAACCAGCACAUUUAACAAAUUAUGCACUAGUACCAGAGAAUGAAAAACCUGGCCGACUGGUUGCUGUUUUUACAGCACAAGAUAAAGAUAGUGGAGAUAAUGGACGAGUGAGUUGUCGACUAACUGAAUCAAGAAAAUGGCAUUUCGAUACACAGAAUAAAGAAAAAUUAGAAAAUCUUUUACUGAAUCCAACUGAAACUUUGUUCAGUUUGCAACAAAUGCAUAUGCCUUUUUCAAUUAUGUACAAGCUAACAACAGCUUCAAGUUUUGAUAGAGAAUUCAUUUCAAAAAUCACUGUUUGGAUAACCUGUUCAGAUUAUGGUACACCAGUAAGAAGUAGUACUGGAUCUGUUGUGGUUAGAAUAACUGAUGUUAAUGAUGAACCACCAGUGUUCAGUCAAAUGCAUUAUUAUUUUAAUGUCAAUGAAAAUAGUGAAAUUGGAACUGUAAUAAAUCGGGUCAAUGCAACAGAUCCCGAUGAAGGGGAUAAUGCUAAACUCACCUAUUGGUUAAGUGGACAAAACGCUGAUUUUAUUGAAGUGAAUAAAAUCACUGGUCAUUUAAGUACACAAAAGGCCUUAGAUAGAGAAAUGUUACACGAGCUACGCUUCCAUGUUCAUGCUGCAGAUAGUGGUUCGCCUAGUUUGAAUGCUACUGCUGAUGUUACAAUUACAAUUCAAGAUGUAAAUGAUAAUCCACCAAGUAUAUUAGAUAAAAUAGAAUUCUAUGUGUUAGAGAAUCAUACAGCAUCUUUAUCAAUUGGAAAGAUUACUGCCCAUGACUUAGAUAUUGGUAGAAAUGCUGAAAUUUCAUAUUCACUUAUCCAAUGCAUAGCAUAUAAGUCAAAGAAUUUAAAUACUUCAGAAUUGGCAAAUUUUCAGUCAGCUACAGUAUCUUUUGAUGAUUAUUUUAAGAAUUCAAGAAAAAAUGUAACACAAUCACUUGAAAUUAUGUACACAUUUUUCAUUGCAAAAGAUGGACAAAUAUAUUUGGGUCGUUCAAAGCUGGAUCGUGAAUUAUAUCCAUUAUAUGAAUUGACAGUUCGUGUAGAAGAUCAAGGUUCACCGAAAUUAUCAUCUACAACUAUUGUCCUUAUCCAUGUCUUGGAUGUGAAUGACAAUACUCCAAGAUUUAUAUUCCCUUCCGUUGGUAAUAAUACUGUAUACGUUCCAAGGGAAACAAAACCUGGAACAAAUAUAGCAAGAUUGUAUGCAGUUGAUGAAGAUUCAGCUGAAAAUGGUCGAUUAACCUAUGGUAUUAAAGCUAAUGAGCAUACAAAUCAUCAGUCAUUAUUUGAACUUGAUCCAGUGACAGGUGAUUUAAUUUUAAAGCGUUCAUUAGACUUCAACAUGGAUUCAUCAACAAUAAAAGAAGAUGAAAGAAGCUCAAAAAGGUUAAAAAUGUCUCAUCUUCAAGGUAGAAAUAAUCAGGAAACUGAUUACAAAAUUGCUCAAAAUCAUUCCUCUCAUGAUAAAAUUGAAAGAAGUGAAUCAAAAAAGAGAAUGUAUGACAGUCAAAUGGCGUAUAGCUUGAUUGUUACAGUUACAGAUAAUGGUGAACCUCAGUUGAAAUCUUCAACAAUUCUAAGAAUUCUAUUCACUCCUCCAUUUUAUCCUCCUAACAAUCAUAAAGAAUCAUCCAACUCUGUACAGACAAAAAAUACAAUCUGGAAUAAAUCGUCAAAAAAUAAUCUUGAUUUUACUAGAGGUCAUUCCGCAUCAAAUGAUUUCGACUACAAUUAUAGAGAUCCACCGGUUGAGAAUGAGCUCACAGGCAUAGGUGUACUUCUUGGACUAGUAACUGCAAUAGGCUUAUUUGUUUGCUUUUUAAUUCUUGUUAUUAUGAUUACAUUUCAUCAGAGUCGAAAGUUAAGUGAACAUAGAAAACAGCUGCUUGAAAGAAGACGUCAAGUGAACAGUCAGAAUCAAUUGCAACAUCAACAGUCACAACAAUACCACCAGCAGCAGCAGCAACAACACCAGAGCCAACAACAUCUUCAAGCAAUACCAAUCAACAUACCAUCUACACAUUUUAUACCUAAUUCAAUUAUUCAACAUAUUCCUAAUGAACAGUAUAAUAAAUCAGAGAAAAAUUUAACAGAUCUUUCCAGACAUUAUUGUAUACAACAACAAACAAUGAAUGAAACUUUACCACCUGCACAGAUUCCUAUAGUAACUAGUUUUACAACACUCUGAAAGACAGUUCAAUCCUUUUUUUAUUAUGUUUAUCUUCAUUUUUGCUUCUUUUUUCUUGUUUUUGUUUUACUCUGCCACUUCCAUAUUGAACACUGAACAACAAUAAUUUCAAAAAGGAAGACAGUCAGCUCAGUCAAUCUAAUUAUGUAACUUAACAGAUAGAAUCACUGAUUACAAUGCAAAUAAACUAUUUAAAAC